GCAUGCCUAAUCAAGGAGAAGACUGCUAUUUUUUUUUCUAUUCUACAUGUACCAAAGGUGACAGCUGUCCAUUCCGUCACUGUGAAGCUGCACUAGGAAAUGAAACUGUUUGUACAUUAUGGCAAGAAGGGCGCUGUUUUCGACAGGUGUGCAGGUUUCGGCACAUGGAGAUUGAUAAAAAACGCAGUGAGAUUCCUUGUUACUGGGAAAAUCAGCCAAUGGGAUGUCAAAAGCUAAACUGUGCUUUCCAUCACAACAAAGGACGUUAUGUUGAAGGACUUUUCCUACCUCCAAGCAAAACUGUGUUGCCCACUGUGCCUGAGUCACCAGAAGAGGAAGUGAAGGCUAGCCAGCUCACAGUUCAGCAAAACAAAUUGUCUGUCCAGUCUAACCCCUCCCCUCAGCUGCGAAGUGUUAUGAAAGUAGAAAGUUCAGAAAAUGUUCCUAGCCCCACACAUCCACCAGUUGUAAUCAAUGCUGCAGAUGAUGAUGAAGAUGAUGAUGAUCAGUUUUCUGAGGAAGGUGAUGAAACCAAAGCACCUCUCCUACAGCCACCUCCUGAAGUUCAUAACGGGUUACGAGUAACUUCGGCCCGGAAACCUGGGGUCAAUUUAAAGCAAGGUGAAUGUUUGAAUUUUGGAAUAAAAACUCUUGAGGAAAUUAAGUCAAAGAAAAUGAAGGAAAAAUCCAAGAAGCAAGGUGAAGGUUCUUCAGGAGCUUCCAGUCUUUCACUCCAACCUCAGCCCGUUCCAGGUCCUGAAAAAGAGAAUGUCCGGACUGUGGUGAGGACAGUAACUCUGUCCAACAAACAAGGAGAGGAGCCCUUGGUAAGACUGAGUCUCACUGAAAGACUGGGGAAACGGAAGUUUUCAGUAGGUGGUGACAGUGAUCCUCCCUUGAAGCGCAGCCUUGCACAGAGGCUAGGAAAAAAAGUUGAAGCUCCAGAAACUAACUCUGACAAAACACCAAAGAAAGUUCAAGUUUCCAAGUCUCUGAAGGAGCGAUUAGGCGUGUCAGCUGGUGCAAACAGUGAGGAAGCAGCAGAGAGAGUGACUAAAAUUGGUGAGAUCCAUGUGAAGACCUUGGAAGAAAUUCUUCUUGAAAGAGCCAGUCAAAAACGUGGAGAAUUGCAAACUAAACUCAAAACAGAAGGACCUUCAAAAGUUGAUGAUUCUACUUCAGGAACAAGAAGCUCCUCCAAUAUCCGAAUCAAAACCUUCUCUGAGGUUCUGGCUGAAAAGAAACACCGACAGCAGGAAGCAGAGAGACAAAAAAGCAAAAAAGAUGUAACCUGUAUCAAGCUAAAGACUGACAGUGAAAUUAAAAAAUCUGCAGUCUUGCCGCCCAUAGUUGCCAGCAAAGGACUAUCAGAGGACCCUGCAGGCAGAACAAAGCCUAUGCAGGAGGUGCAUAUCAAGACACUGGAGGAAAUUAAACUGGAGAAGGCCCUGCGGGUACAGCAGAACUCUGAGAGCAGCUCCAGCGCCCAGCCUCUGCUUGAGGCCACCCCAGGUGCAAGGCGGCUUCUCCGAGUCACCAAAAAAGCAGGUAUAAAAGAAGAAAAGAAACUUCAAGAAGAAAGUGAAGUUGUUUCUCAGAACAGUGUUAAUAGGACAGAGGCUAAAGAGGCUUCAGGUGAGACUGUAGGAGCUGACAUCACUAAAAUUCAAGUCAAGAGAUGUGAAACCAUGAGAGAAAAGCACAUUCAGAAACAGUCGGAGAGGGGAGCCUCACAGAAGGAAAAAUCAGUGUUGACACCCCUUCUGGGGGAUGUGCUCACUGCUGUGCCAGGCAUCACACGGCACCUGACAAAGAGACUUCCCACAAAAUCAUUCCAGAAGGUGGAGGUAGAAACCUCAGGGAUUGGGGACUCAGUAUUGAAUAUAAAAUAUGCAGCACAGACCUUGGAAAAAAAGGGAAAAGCUAAACCCAAAGUGAAUGUGAAGCCAUCUGUGGUGAAAGUUGUCUCAUCUCCCAAACUGCCCGCAAAACGCAAGGCAGCAGAGGUCCAUCCCGCUGUCAUUGCAGCUGUAAAGCCACUCAGCAGUAGCGGUGUCCUGCAGGAGAGCCCGGCCAAGAAAGCAGCUGUGGCUGUUGUCCCACUCUUCUCUGAGGAUAAGUCAGUCACCAUGCCUGAGACAGAAAAACCUAGAGACAGUGUUGUGCUGCCUCCAGCUCAAUCUUCUUCAGCUCCCUCCCCACCGGAAGUGUCUGGCCCUUCCUCAUCCCAGAUGGCCACAAAAACUCGCCGACUCAGCUCUGCCUCAACAGGAAAGCCACCACUCUCUAUGGAGGAUGAUUUUGAAAAACUAAUAUGGGAAAUUUCAGGAGGCAAAUUAGAAGCAGAGAUUGACCUGGAUCCUGGGAAGGAUGAAGAUGACCUUCUUCUUGAGCUAUCAGAAAUGAUUGAUAGCUGAAGGUGGUAGUAGAACAUUUAAACAAAAAAAAAAAAACCUCGCCAAAAAACUGGACUUAGUUUCAUCUAUUGUAACAUUUACCAAGAUGAUCAUUUCUUUAGUCUAGAAUUUCCCCAAAACCAGAAGUAUACCUCUGAAUUAUAUGUAUGUGUCCUGGAUUCCUUGGGAUGAGAUUUUUAAACUCCCUUGACAACCAUUUUGUCCAUCUGAUGCCAUGAUUUAGCAUCUUUGAGAAAAAAGUUGUGUCUUACCCCUCUUGCCACAAAAAGACAGAGGGAGGGAGAUUCAAGUGAAAGAGGGUGCAAGAAAAUCUAGUGACUCCUUGAGGUGUUUGUCAGUUUUGGCUUUUUCCCCUUUGUUGUAUUAUUUCUUUCAUGUAUUGUCUUAGCUAUACUUAAUGUUGCCCAAGUUUGAAAAGGAAUGAAGACAGCUGCUACCAUUAAGGACCAAAUUUCAUGCUAGCACUAUACUACAACAGCAAAAAUCCACUCAGUCUGUGUUAAAUUGUAUGUCUAUUUAAAGGUAUAUGGAGAGUCAACUAAGCUUUAGAGAGAGCUGAGCAGCUCAGAAAGCCUGUAAUCUGGACAUUACUUUUUGGAUCUGAUUUUCAUACUUCUGCUGCUCUGUAAACCUCUGAAAAGCAAUAGCUAAUUUAUUAUUACUGUAAUUUGUUUAAGGCUUUAAAGUGCCUCAGGGGUCCUAUGAAACUAAUUUUCUAUUUCUGGGAUUCCCUGGAUUUGUAAGAGAUGGUGACAAAGUAUUAGAGGAAUUCUGUCUUUAAUAUAAAAGUUGUCCCUUCUCUUCGGUACUUGUCUCUUACUAACAUUGAAUUAUCACAGAGAUAAAAAUUGGUUAAUUUUUUAUUAGUAACUCUCCCAGCAAACUCCUUUUGCCCAGUAUUUAUUUGAGGCCCUUUAACCACUUUAGGGGAAAAAAAUAACUCAUGCAAGUCGCCAAUAUUUCUCUCUGGACUGUAGCAGUGCACAGAAUUGUACUGUCAGCAGGGAUUACUGAGACGCUCUGGGGGUGUAUUGUAUACCUUCCAGUUUUCUUCAUUUCUGAAUUGGAUUUUCUUUUGAUGUUGGUCUCCUUCAUAUCACCUCAAGGUUUAGACUUGUGGAGGAACAAGUAUGAUGGAGAUAAUAGUCUUGAAAAGAGACAUACUGUACAUAAUCAGAAGGAAAAGGAAAGAAGGACUUGUCUACUUUGACGUUUUGCUGUAGGUGGCCACUUUUGUUUCUCAUAGGGAAAUCUGACCCACCUAUCAUGUUGGCUCCUAAGGAACUGCUGUUGUAAGCGGCUCAUCAAGAGUUGAACUUCAUGUAGCCUUGUCGGGAAUAUGGAAAAGGAAGAAAGCCACGGGACUGCUCAUUCAGUCUUGGGAAGAUCUGGAUGACUCUGCACAAGCAAAAAUGACUUGAAAUUUAUGUAUAGACACUUCUCUACCAGUCCAUCUUCAGCUGACUGAAUGUUGUAUAAUAGCCCUUCUCCAAAGCAGGGGUGGAAUGUUCUGGUUUCACCGUAGAUUUUUUACUCAUUUCAUUUUGGGAAUUGGCGUAUAAAUUCCAGGUCCCUUUUGUAUAUAACCUUUAUUCUUUUGCUUUUUUAAAAGUUUGUUUCAUAUUUAUAGCCCUUGUAUUAGUCAGUGAUUCAUGUUCAGCAUUAUUUGAACCAUUUGCCAUUACAGAAAGAGAAAUACUUAUUUGUGUUUUAAAUAAAACUGGCAUAGGAAAGUC